CUGGCAGGCCACAGCUACAAAAUGAUGGGAGGCAGUGAGACCGUGAGUGGGGACAAGGAUGGGGUCCACGCCACUGCAAUACACGUCCCCAUCGGCUGGCAGAGGAGAGUGGAGGGCGGCCAGGUGAUCUACGUCAGUCCCAGUGGCACUGCUCUAUGCUCUCUGGACGAGGUCAAGACCUAUCUGUUGACUGAUGGCACCUGCAAAUGUGGUCUUGAGUGUCCACUCAUCGUCAAUAAGGUUUUCAGCUUCACGGUGGGAGUGAAGGUGGAGCAGCACAGCCAGCCGUUAGGCAAAGCAGAGCAGGACAUGACCAAACUGUGUAACCACCGCAGGAAAGUGGUAGCAAUGGCAGCGCUGUGUCGGAGUAUGCAGGCCUCACAGCUGCCCUUUGCCAACCAUCAACAUCCAGAGAUGAGCAGUGGAGUGGACAGCCGUAAUCCAAAGCGAAUACUUGUGGAUCGGGUAGAAGACAACCACAACGUUUACCAUUCCAAACUCCAUCCGGUCCCGACUCGAACCCACAGCCACCUCCAUAUGAACCCCUCUGCCAGCCCCCAAUCGUCCCACCAGUUUAUUUACCCCAACAAUGGCUCCUCCCCUGUCCUUCACACAGGCACAAACUCUAACCACCCUUUAGAUGCUUUAAGAAGGCUUCAACAUGCUCCUCCUAUUCCUGCCUCCUCCAGCCCUUCCUCCACCUCCUGUUUCCCAGCGUACAGCACUGCCCAGAGGUCACCUCGCACCCCCACACCUCAAGGUCAAAGAACUCCCAAAACUCCAGAGACUCCGGGUUCUCCGCGGCUAGGUCCCCUCUCCACACCUCCUCUCUCUUCCCCUAUGACCAUGGGUGGAGGGGGAAGAGGAGUGCAGACUCAUCUUCCUCAUGGUGUCAUCGUGGGAGGCUCCCCCCUCUCUCAGUCUCCCUCCCUCUCUCCAUCUGUUCAUAACAUGAACUGUGUGUCUCCUCACCAGCGGUCCCGCCACCCUUCCGCCUCUCCGUCUCCUCUCUCUGAUAGCUUAAUAGCUGCGGGAGGAGGACCGAUGUCUCAGAGGAGGAAAUCCACCUCAUCCUCCCCAGGCUCCCCUCUCCCCGGUGGCUCCCCAAACCCCAGCCCCCACAUCCCUAAGUACAAGCUCGAAGACAUCUUGGAGCAGUUUAAGAACUCAGGCAACAGCAGCACUAAUAACCACCACCUCCUACUCCCUGCUAACCUUUCCUCCCUGACCAACCAAAGCAGUAGCAACCCUAAUGCUCCCACCUCAAAGAGCAGCAUGUGCCCCAUUUCUCCUUCACCUCUGGGGCCGUUUCUGAACCAACAUCACCGCCAUCAGGGGAAGCUGCCACACCCAACCUCCUUCCCUGCGAGUAGCCUGCUCUCUGCGGCGGCCAAGGCUCAGCUGGCCAACCAGAUAACCCACGGCCAGAGCUCCAAGGCGCCCAGCAACCUGGUGAGCUUGCCCUCUCCUCUGGAGGUCUUGCAAGACGGACAACAGCAACAACGCUCACCCAAGGUAACAAACAGCACUUUACACAGUAGCCACCCUCCCUCCUUCAAAGCGUCUACUAGGCCUCCCCACCCCUCCCAUGCAGAAGCCCCCUCCGUCCUUUUCCCUCCAUCCCACUCUCUGGCCCAGUCCCUGGCUUCCUCCUUGCCCAACCUACCUCCCACAACCGAACGCAGUGCGUCGCACAGGAAGCGACAGCGGCGAUCUCCCACUGUGCUCAGCAUGCUAAGAGACACCCAGCAGCUGGCCAACGGGCCGCAGAAGACCCCUCCAGGAGACUGCUCCUCCGCUACAGUCAUCAACCUGUCCUCCUCCUCCUCUUCCUUCCUCACCUCUUCGCACUCCUCCUCUACCUCAGCUGUGCAGAACCAGAAUGCUGUCCUUUUAGAAAAUCACCGUCUCCCCGGGCAGACGCCAAGUCUCCCCGGUUCCCGACAGAUGGCGCACCGUCCCAGGCCUCCCAGACAAACCGAGGCUCUGGAUUUCACCACAGGCCUGACGCCCACCCCUCUCGGCUUGGAUCCUCCGACCCAGCCACUGUCUGCUCUGUUGCGCCUGCUCAGUGUGCAGAACGCGCAGGCCACAGCCUCGGCAUCGCACUCUGCUUCAGCUCAGCCAGCGUCUGUUGCUCUUGAUGGAGGUGGACACACUAACAAACAGAGCCCGAGGCGGUUGCCCUCCUCUCCCGCCUCUCAUUCGCAGACUCGGUCACCGCGCCCAACCAGUAACACUAACCCGCUGGCCUCGGUGCUUCAGCCGCUUACUCCUCCCCCGACUUCCCCUCGGUUUAGAUCGGUGCAGUCUCCAACGUGUCCUCCGUCAACUAAAUCCAGUCCUCUACUGAGACAUUCUGCUUGUUCUACGACACUGCCCAACUCAAAUUUAGCUUUACACAACAGCUGCAGCCCAUUUCAGCACACGGUCCAGACUCCGGACAGGCAUCAACUAACAGAGACUCGCACUCCUACAAUAGAGUCCGUUUCCCAGGAACGAUCGCAGGAAACUUCACUACAGGGCAUUGGGGCAACUGAGAUGGGUACUAACAGCCUACAUUCAUCGGUGGACCUGAGCCAUACUCAAGGCAGUGUCACUACGGCGAUAUCCAGCUCCCCAAAGCCUCUUGAUCUUAGCAACCAUGUACUGGCCCUCCUCGCAGCAUCUUCCACCGUGCCCCAGGGGGAGGGCAGCUCCUUUGACAGUACCACUGAUGUUGGGAUGUCUACUCAAGGAAAUCCCACUGCAGUGCUAGAUGAUCCUAGAUGUGUGGACCCGAAGAUCUCCAUGGUGACCAAACAUCCAGUAGCCACGAGCCCUGGGGAUAAUCACGGGCAUCAUCCACCUUCAGCUGUGGGUGACUCGCCCUCUCCCUUGCCUCUGGCAGAGGCCUUCCCCUUCAUGAACCAAGAGCAGCUGCUUCAGUUGCUGUCAUCCACAGGAGGUCUACCGUCCCUCCUGGACCCAACAGUCCUGGCGUCAUUGCCCCUAGGGGGGAUAUGGUUGGGUGGGCAACAUGCACAAAUACCCCCUCCGACUGCACCACAACCACCACAGACUCUUGCUGAGCAGCACCAAUCGGAGCAUCAGCAGUUACUGAUACAACAAGAGGCACAGCAGCACAACCAGGAUCAACAACAGAAGCAGUUAAACAGCAAUCCUCUGUUUCCCUUGUUGCCCUUGUUGACUGGUGCUCAGGGGGAGCUUCCUCUGAACCUUUUGGGGCUGCUGAAUCCACUCCCACAUCCGGCAUCAACCCCUAGCCCAGGACAGGAAGUUGAUUUAGGGCUAAACGAUAAACCUAGCCUUCAGGCUUUGAUAAUGGCAUCCUGGUUGCUCGGGCAACAGCAUGCUCCUUUGUUACCUCUAUCCGGCCUAGGUCAGUUGAGCCAGGUCAGCUUGGAAGUUCCUCUCCAACAGCCACAACACAUCACUACAACUUUGGAAGGCCUCACCUUGGAUAAGACCUCCGGCCUCCUGGAUCCAGCAACCCUAUCGGUCGCAGGGCUCUUGGAGGUCGCCCAAGGCCUUCUCCCCAUUCCCCCCGGAGCUGAGGGGGCUAUCCAAGCCCUGCAGUCUCUGCUCCUUCCUGGCGCUCUUCCUCCUCCCCACGCAGCCUUCCUGCCCCUCAGCCCUGCCCUGCUCACUGCUGCCCUGAGUUCUGCUGAGCUCCACCCGUCUCCCCACCCCCAAUUAGCUUCUGCACAGCAAACCCAACAUACCCAACCUCAGGUUCGUUCUGAUGCAGGUGUUGACACCCUCAUCCCCCUCUCUCUCCAAGGCAAAGACAACCCCAUCCUCCAACAGUUACUGCCCACUUUGCUUAACUCUGCUCUAUUAGGAGAUCUAGCUGGCAUCACAGGACUCCACAACAUGUUGGGGAUUGGCGCAGGUUCCAUCCUCCUACCCCCAGUCCAGACCUCUGCUUUGGGCAUGCCUCUGCUGCAGGGUCAUGAUGGAGCAAUCAACUUGCUGAACAACCUUCAGCUAAGCCUUGCACCACCCUCUGAAGGGGACAAGCCAAUGUCAUUGCAGGAAACACAAAGUCCCGCCCCACAGGAAGACAUUCCAGCCAGUCAGGUGGCUCCCCAAGGAGAACCCAGUCCUGUUCCUGAUCCAGUUUCACCCCCGGCCCAUGAACGCAGCCCGCCCCCACAGCGGGUAUCUGAGGGCAGGUCUGUUAUCGAUCCUUACACCUCUUUCAUGGACACGAUCUAUACCUCCUUCCUUCAAGUCAGCGCUAACGAGCAGGAAGGCAGGGCGCACAUGGGGCCAUCUGACCCCACUUCACCCUUCUGUGCCUUACCACCGGUUUCUUUCCAUGUGGAACAUCAUACCCCGUCCACCCCUGUUCACACUCUGCCUCAGGCAAGUGCUCCAGUCUCGCUCAGCCCACGUCGGGCCUGUUCCCUCCACAACACAGACUUAUCCCGACUCAGCUUGGAAGCAGCAGCCCAUUCCCCAGCCCAAGGGACCCCCAAACCCACAGAGGGUGGGUCUACGUCCCCUUUGCCAAGGAAACCGCUAAUGGUAGAGGGACUUACCCACCCUCAGCCUCCUCUGCCAUCCAUGUACUUUGAGGAGGCGAAGACGGACUGUACAGGGCCUCCUGCGGCUGCCUGCCCCUAUGUGGAGGCCGGGGUAGAUAGGCAGGGGCAUCUUCCCCAUGCAGGGUACCUCAGUCCCAGGGAUGGAUGCAGUGGGAGGCCCAAUGAGGAGGCCGCAGGGACAUUGCUGCGCUCUGAACAGGGAAGGGAGCAGGUGGGAGCAGCGGGUGGAGCCAGAAGAGGAAGGAAAAGGAAACAAACGCUACAGAAUGUGUUAGAAGACUUCAGAGACAUGGAUGCUACAGCACUAGAGGAAACCAAGGCAACGGCGGCACUGCUGAAGCCUGAGAGGUCUGUCCGCGGCAGGAGGCGGCGAGGCGCCCGCUCUCAGAGGCAGUGAUUGGCAGAGGGAGCUGUAGGUCAGAGCUGUUCACCAAUCAGAGGCGGCCGGACGCCUCGCUUUUCCCCCCAACUCUCCACCAUCUUCACCACUGUUAGAACUGUUUUUUUUUUUUUCAAUACUUCAACUGCACUAAUAUUAUGCCGUUGUCAUGUCAACCAUUGUUAUGGCAACCACUAUAAAAAACACAAAGAGAUCUAGUCUGACCAGUUAAUUUAUAAAAAUGUGUAAAAACUAAUUGAAGAAGUUUUGCGGAUACUUUUUCACUUGGGUCUUCUCUUAGGUGUAGUUCACAAAAUAACGGUUGUUUAACAUUUCGAUCAGAGAUCUGUUAAUUAUUAUUGUUAGAAUUCUUUCAACACAAAAAAACAUGACAUUUUUCUUCUCAUCAGUGUAUACCUGUGAGUCAGGAUGAAGCCCAACUACUUGAACGAUGCUCUCUGUUGAACGUGUGUGUGUGUGUCUGUGUCUGUUGGACAACAGUGCUGCUGAGCCCUUCACUGUCCGACAGUAAGUGGAAGUUAUUUUCAUUCUAGGAAAUGAGACCCUAUCUGUUAUUUCGAUAAAGGAUUCUCUGCAGAGAUACACAGUGGUUCUAAUGCAAGGAAAUGUUUUGAAGGGUUUUUGGAAGGUGCUGGAAGAGGAUAUAAAAAGCAACAGACUUAAGUUUUCUUUUCUGUCACAGUAUAGAAUAUCUUUUAUAUAGGACAAGCCAAGGAAAUAAUGUUCUCCUUAUCAGGUUUUAUGAAUGAGUUUACAUCGGCCAUUUUUACCAUGAUUCCAUGUGACGUGCGAGAUUCUUUGUGAUUUGUACAUUACCAAUAAUUCUCUGAAUUGAGAAAUCAUUAACUUAGUUUCGUUACAACUUUUGACUCAUGAAAUGCAACACGUCGGGAUACCCUGACAGGUCACCAAGUGACUGAGUGUAUUUGACAACAUCCGUUCAUCAAUGUUUUUAAUGUCCACAAUGAAUGUGGAACAAUGCGGAAAAACAUUGAGCAUCAAUUGUCGCAUUUUAGCAACCCACUUGCCUUUCACAUGCUGUCAUUUGUCACUGUGAAUUACACAAAGCUGUGGUGUGAUGGACAUUAUUUUGUAUCCAUUGACCAUACACUCACCCAAAUGUUUACUCCUCAGUGGGGAGAUAAACGUCUGAGAAGGGUAAUUUCAUUCUGAAAUUAAACAUUUGCAGGAAACCUCAUUUCAUAAGAACAGUAUGUCAUUUGAUUGAUUGGUUGAAUGAAUGGCUGGAUGAAUUCGACACAGUGUGCGAGGACGUCUGAUGUAGAGCUGUUGAGUCUGUGUGUUACUGUGGAUAUUUGAGUAAUAUCUUCCCUCUGUCUCUUCAUGUCACUGUUUGAGCUCUCCUCCACACACUGCCCUGCCCAAAAGUACUGGCAUCUCUUGCUGUAUUUAAAGAUAAAAAAAGAAUAAAGAAAGUGAAAAAGAAAGCAGAUUAUGCAAUUUCUACACUUCGAGAUUUGUAUAUAUGUACAGUUAAUGUGUUUUUAUUUUGAUUUUAUAUUGUUAGAGAAAGACGAGAGAAAACAACGAAUUGUGAAUUUUUCUGGGAAUUGUAAUUAAGUAUUUUUCUCAUUCUACCCCCUUGCUUUCAAUACUUAUGAUUAAAUUGUGGACUGUAGCUUUCUUUUUUUAUAUGGGAGUCUUUUUUAUUUAAUAUUAAACUAUUUAC